GAAUAGCCAGCCUGUUCCGUGCCGUCAUGUUUGGCGCCAUUUUGCGAUUUGUACGGAACGACAUCGCCCACCAUUAUCGUCUAUCCCGUGAUAUCGAAAGAAAUAGAACUUGAUUGACGUCCAAUUGAUACAUUUGCGACUUGUGUACUUUUUCAAACAUGGAUACGUUAAUAUGCAAUAAAUGUUUCGCCCCGAUGUACCGAGGAAAACAGCCAUAUAACAUAACGCAAUGCGGACAUAUUUACUGUGAAGACUGCUUGCAACAAGCCGAGAAGCAGUGCACGCAAUGCGGGUACAACGGCGCCCUAUCUAUGGUGCUGAAAGAGCCGUUGAAAGAUCCCAACGUGCGCCAAUUAUUCAUGCCGCUCGUUGAAACUCUCGAGAUGCUGUUUAAAGUCGACGAGUUUCGAAGCAACCAAAUGAAAAUAAUCAUGCAACGGUUUCUCGAACUUGACAAAAAGUACGACAUGCUGAAAAACCAAUAUUGGAUCGCGCGACGUAACAUGAAAAUACUCAACGAUAAGUAUGUGAGCUUAAAACACGAGAGGGGUAAAUUCGACAAUAAGAAACUACUGUUCUCUGACGUACAACGGGAGAUCCCGCGACGCGUUGCGACUUCAUCGCCGAGCAACGAUGUUACAACAAUAAAAACACCAAAAAAAUCUAAUAUUUUUAUCCAUUCGACAAGCUCAGGAUAUUCCUCAGGAUCGAUGGAACUGCGAUCCGUCCAACCAACGCCUGAACAUUCAACGGACGCCAAGAGACAGUAUAAAACUGCUGACGGUUUUCGAAUAUCUACCUAUCUACCUACGAAUACGCGCAAAAAUAUGACGUCCGUGAAUUCCCGCGAUAUGAACACGAGCUCAAAUAGCUGUUUUAUGAGAUAA